GCACGGGGCGUAGGGGACGGUAUGGAGAGUGCAAUCACGCUGUGGCAGUUCCUGUUGCAGUUGCUGCUGGACCAGAAGCAUGAGCAUCUGAUCUGCUGGACCUCCAACGAUGGUGAAUUCAAGCUCCUCAAAGCAGAAGAAGUGGCCAAGCUGUGGGGACUCCGGAAAAACAAAACAAACAUGAAUUACGAUAAGCUGAGCAGAGCCCUGCGAUACUAUUACGACAAGAACAUCAUCAAGAAGGUGAUUGGGCAGAAGUUUGUGUACAAGUUUGUCUCCUUCCCGGAGAUACUGAAAAUGGACCCUCACGCGGUGGAGAUCAGCCGCGAGAGCCUUUUGCUGCAGGACAGCGACUGCAAGGCGCCUCCCGAGGGCCGCGAGGCCCACAGGCACAGCUUGUCGGCCCUCAAGAGCACGAGCCGCAACGAAUACAUCCACUCGGGCCUGUACUCGUCCUUCACCAUCAAUUCCCUGCAGAACCCACCGGAAUCCUUCAAGGCCAUCAAGACGGAGAAGCUGGAGGAUCCGCCAGAAGACAGCCCUCCCGUGGAAGAAGUCAGGACUGUCAUCAGGUUUGUGACCAACAAAAGCGACAAGCACAUCAGCAGGCCUGUGGUGUCCCUGCCCUCCACGUCGGAGGCCUUCCUGGCCUCAUCUGUUUCAGCCAAGAUCUCCUCUUUAAUGCUGCCCAAUGCCGCCAGCAUUUCGUCCGCAUCGCCCUCCUCAUCUCGGUCCCCGUCCCUGUCCCCUAAUUCGCCCCUCCCUUCUGAACACAGAAGCCUCUUCCUGGAGGCCGCCUGCCAUGACUCGGAUUCCCUGGAGCCCUUGAACCUGUCAUCGGGCUCCAAGACCAGGUCUCCAUCUCUUCCCCCCAAGGCCAAAAAGCCCAAAGGCUUGGAAAUCUCCGCGCCCCCGCUGGUGCUCUCCGGCACCGACAUUGGCUCCAUUGCCCUCAACAGCCCAGCCCUUCCCUCAGGAUCCCUCACCCCAGCCUUCUUCACCGCACAGACACCAAAUGGACUGCUUCUGACCCCGAGUCCACUGCUGUCCAGCAUACAUUUCUGGAGCAGCCUCAGUCCAGUAGCUCCACUGAGUCCUGCCAGGCUGCAAGGGCCAAACACGCUGUUCCAGUUUCCAACACUGCUUAAUGGCCACAUGCCAGUGCCCAUCCCCAGUCUGGACAGAGCUGCUUCUCCAGUACUGCUUUCUUCAAACUCUCAGAAGUCCUGAUGACAUCUGGCCACAAUUAAAGACUCAAUUAACUGAUGAAACAAAUAUGGGCUAGUACCCAUGGGCUAGUUUACCUGUGUCAUGAGAAGGACUUUGUGAAACCCUCUGUUAAUUUGGUUUGCACUUUUCAUAACAUGGAUGGUCUAGAUUUAUGUUAGCAUUUUUAAAACUUUUUUUAUAUUCAAGUAUAUAUGAAAAUCUGUUUUGCAUUAAGUGAAUUUUAUUGUUUUUGUUUUUAUAUCCUUUUAGCUCUUAAGUGUUGAACACUGUUGACAGUGAAGAACUUUUCUUAAUGGUUUUCAGUGUAACUAAUAAGGAUGUGAAGCUUUUUUUCUCUUUAAUUCUACGUAUGCUGAACUGUGCUUAUAUACACUAUAACCAGCUGUGCCUUCCUUUGCAUUUAGUUUAAUGUAAAUGAUUUAUAUAUUUUUUAGUAUUGAGAUGUUUGAAAGACAAAAAUUAGUAUCAAACAGCUUUCGUAGAAUUUCAUUAUUUUUAACAAAUAGGCAAUAUGAAAGCAUAUUCAUAUUCAUUUUUUUUGCUUUCAAUUAUAAUUGCCUUAGGAUCUCUUUUGAACUGAAAUUCAAUAAAUGUAAUGUCCAAGUAAUGUUUUUAUAAGAAGAAACUAAGCCAUAUUUAGACAAUAAACAUUCAUAAAAGAAAAUGUUCUAAAGUGCAUUUUUAAAAAAGUGAACUUUGAAAGGCUAGCCCUCUUAGCUGUUUACAAUCUUUUAGAUUCCUCCCAAACAACAAACCUGAUGGAAAAGCUACGUCAAGUUUACUGUAUCCAUACCCCUGGAAUAUUUCCUAGGUUAGCAUAUACUUAUUUCAAAGAAAUAGCUCUGGGUUCUCCCCAUUUUCUAAAGAGAAUUAUACUCCUUUGAUACAUUUCAUGUAUCAUGACGAGUUAAGAUGUUCUAAACUGCUGGAACUAUAACAUUUAAAAAGUCCUAUGCUUUGGAAGAGGUUCACAGACUGGUGAUAAAUACAAACAAGUUUGUAACACCAGGCAUCUUCAUGUGUACAGGUAUAGCCUUGCUUGUGGAAAUCGAGAUGUUAUUACUAAGUUUAUGGUGAGAAUGAAGGAAUUCUGAUACGACAAAUAUAAAACCCCUCAGUAAUCUCAUCAUUGUGGCACUGAUCACAUAACAAUCUGGAACACUCAGCAGUAAAUUCUUUUGUGUAGUGUAUUUUAGAGCAGUGAUAAUAGAAACAUUUUCGGUUCCUUCAAAAAUCAGCCGGCAUCACUCUAAGGUAUUGUUCUGUACAUUAGGUAGGAAAGUUCUAAUGUAGCAGAACUGGAAAAUGCCCAGCGCUCCUAAUUCAAGGUCAGGUUAAUGAUCAUCUUUAAUUAUAAGUAACAAACCAAUUUAAAAUGUGGCUGAAUAAUUAUCUAAAUCAUGCAUUAAAUAGCAGGAAUUAUGAGAAGGGGUAAAAAAAAAAGCUUGUGAAAACAUAAACAUUCUUGGAUUUCUAAAAAAUCUAAAAUUUUGUUAUACUUAGAAAUUUUGAGAUUUCUGAUUGGAACUGAGCAUCUCUAUGUGUGGGGAUAUAUGCCUUUAUCUGGAGAAAAAAUCCAAACACUUUAGUAUGCAUCUCUGAAUAUAAAGUAAUGGGGCUGAUUCCAAAAUUCACAAGCAGACACUACUGUCACUCCCUCUUGGGCUAAGGAUAAUUCUGUACUAAAAUAGCAGGUCGAGCUGGUAUUUACCAAACGUAACACUUGAGAGUUAGAAGGGGCCUGGCUUCUGAGAAUGUGUCCUACUGCUGUUUCCAGAUAAGGACAACUGCAAAGGAGAAGCUGGGAGCUGCCUGAGGCCACGCAGCUCACUGAAGGUAGGACAGUGGUGCUCAGUCCAGUUCUGCUUCCCCAUGCUUAAUUACUGGUCUAAAAUUUGUGUUUGGUAGAAAAGAUGGAUAGAGCAUUUUAAAAAAUUGUUGGCUAAGAGAAGAACUAUUGCAAGUACAGGAAUGAUUGUUAAAGAGUAACUAAACAGGAAGCUAAUGUACAAGAAUCUUAACCCAAAAUAUUUUAAAAGUUUAAUGCUGAUUGAUUGGAAAUGUUCAAGUGACUAUAUACCUGAUUUUUGUAGUCCAUUCCUCCAAAUAUUAUGAUUAACAUAUACUCCAGCAGCUCCAUUUACUAGAAAUGGAAAAAUACCAUAAUUUUUGAUGGACCAAAAAAUCCACUGUAACACAAGCAGAGAACUGGAGGUAUUGAAAUAUAACUGUUAUAGCUCUGCCUCAUUCUACAUGUGUGGUGUUUGUUUUUUUAAGAACUAUUUUAGUCAGAACAUAGUUUCAAAGGACAUAUUAACUUUUUUCUUCCUUUUUAUAUGUCUGCUUGAUCAGUGUUAAACUGCUAUGGCUAAAGUUUUAUAGAACUAUAACCUAAACAUUGGUCUCUUUGUACACAUCUUUUCUGACUGCAAAUCCUCAUUCACUUUCAUAUAUAUGUAUCAUUUUUAUUGUUAUGUUAUUUUUGUUCAAUAAAUGCUUUGUGAUAAACUGUG